AUGAAGACGGCCAGGCGCGCCAGCAACGUGGAGGUGCCCUCCUUUCUCCGCCAGUUGGUCAAAGAGACAGAAAAGAUGGUCACCUUCUUCUUCAAAGGGGGGCCCAGGGAGACCGGGUUCGAAGGGGAGGACGAUUCGGAGGAGGACGACUCGAUGCCGAGCCCGUACCUGGACCGGCCCAUCCUGGAGAAGCAUGUUUCAGAGGGGGGUUCUGACUUGGGGAUGAACUACGCGGUGGCGAGCAUGCAGGGCUGGAGGGCUCAGAUGGAGGACGCCCACACCUGCAGACCCCAGCUGGGAGGAGAGCUGACAGAGUGGGGCUACUUUGCUGUUUUUGAUGGACAUGCGGGCACCACAGUGGCUCAGUACUGCUCCAGAAACCUGAUGGACCACAUCCUGGCAACAGGUGGGGUCAAAGCCAACGAGGACCCCGAGCAGGUGAAGGAAGCGGUCCGUGAAGGCUUCCUGGACAUCGAUCGCCACAUGCACAAGUUGACUCGUGAGGACAACUGGGACCGCAGUGGAUCCACCGCAGCAGCGGUCAUGAUUUCACCUCGCUACAUUUACUUCAUCAACUGCGGGGACUCCCGUACGCUGCUCUGCCACAACGGCCAGGUGGUCUUCUACACGGAGGACCACAAGCCGUUCAACCCCAGAGAGAAGGAGCGCAUCCAGAACGCCGGAGGCUCCGUGACCCUGCAGAGGGUCAACGGCUCGCUGGCCGUCUCCAGAGCGCUGGGGGACUUUGACUUCAAGGAGGUGGACUGGAGGCCGCAGACGGAGCAGCUCGUGUCCCCGGAGCCAGAGGUGUCCGAGCUGGAGAGGACGCCAGAAGACGAGUUCCUGAUUCUGGCGUGUGACGGCGUGUGGGACGCCAUCGGGAACGAGGAACUGUGUGCCUUUGUGCGCAGCCGUCUGCUGGUGUGUGAUGACCUCAGGGAGAUCUGCACCCAAGUCAUCGACCUCUGUCUCUAUAAGGGCAGCCUGGAUAACAUGAGCAUCAUCAUCAUCUGCUUCCCCGGCGCCCCCCAGGUGUCACAGGAGGCUCUGCAGAAGGAGGCCGAGCUGGAGCAGCACAUCGACACGAAAGUGGAAGAAUGUAUCCAGAUUAUGAGGUCCAAAGAGGAGGACCCUGACCUUUUGCACGUGAUCAAAUUCCUGGCUGCAGAAGAGAUGCCAGGGCUCCCACCAGGAGGAGGCAUCACCAGCAAGCGAGAGUGCAUCAUCUCUUCAUAUCAGAAACACAUCAUGACAAUCAGAUCUCAGGAGCCCAUGGACAUCGAGGGAUCGGAGGAGGACUCGAACUAAAGCUGUUACCGUGUAAUCAUCAUCAUCCUCAGCUUCACCAUGGCAACGAGAGACAUUUUUAGAUGAGAAUUAAAAACUAACGACGGGUUUUCAUGUAAUUUAUUCUUUUUGAGUAUUACAGCUGAUUAAAAACAAAAGU